UGCCACACAGAGACUGGGUUUAACCUGGCUCUUUGAAUGGGCAUUGUUCAUGGAAAACCUAACUUUAGAUCAGGGUGAGGUUCUACUUCAGGAAGGGAAAUCCAUCAGCCCUUACAGUUAAAAAAAGAGAAAAGAAUGGCAGUGUUGUGAGCAUGCAGUCAUGAAAACAAUGACUGGUUGUACUCUUGUAAAACACUGUAAACGCCAGGAAUGAUUAAAUAAUGUCCUUUUUUUUUUAAUUACUCAAAUGUUACCUUACCAGCCCCUGAACUUUUUGUCAGUUAAAAAGUUUAUGAUUUUUAAAAUGUGCUACAUAUGCAGGCACUAAUUUAUUUAAUUGAAGUGUCUGGUAAUAUAUGCUAUAGCUUAGCAAAGUGUGGGAAAGUCCAAUCUAGAAUUUUGCUCCUGCAAAUGACUGUUUUCAGUAUGAAAGGGCAUUAGAAGCAGGGCCCGUAAUUACACAUCAGGACAUCUCACUGUAAACAAAACUGGUUCCCAACACCUCCAUUAGCACCAAUCAGCUUUGUCUUCCUGUUUCUAGACACCAGCUGACAAUGUUGUCAUACUGGCUUCUGUGUAGCUGCUUUCAUAGGCUGAGGCACUGGCAGGCUGACUAGAGGAGGGGUCACUUUGGGAGAGAAAAAAAAAACAAAAGACAUCCUCUGUUAGACAAUGGUAGUAAAUUCAGCGGAGAGACAGGCAGCUACACGCAGUCAGCUGCUCCACAACCCCUGAAGUUAGCGUCUGCGUUGAAAGUGGUCAGGAAGAGGACCGGUGGAAUGUCAUCUGGGCUGUCCUUACCAGAGGAGGACCUCUCCUGCCCUGUGUGCUGUGACAUCUUCAGGGACCCCGUCCUUCUCCCGUGCAGCCACAGCUUCUGCCGGGAGUGUUUGCAGCGCUACUGGGAGACUUCGGGGGCUCGUAGCUGCCCGGUGUGCCGGAGACGGUUGUCCCGACGCAACCCCCCUGCCAACCUGGCCCUCAGGAACCUGUGCGAGGCCUUCGCACAGGACAGGGUGCGGAGGGAGGCCACCGAGGCCGGCCAGCUUUGCCCGCAGCAUGGGGAGAGGCUCAAGCUGUUCUGCCAGGAGGACCAGCUGCCCAUCUGUGUCGUGUGCCAGGCGUCCAAAACACACAAGGGCCAUGAGUGCCUGCCACUGGAAGAAGCUGCUGUCGACUGCAGGGCUGAGCUGAAGGCUGCUCUCAAAACCCUGCAGGACCAGCUAGCUGCCCUUAAUAAACAGCGAUCCAACGUAGACAUGACCCUUGAGCACAUUAAGCUUCAGGCCCAGUCAAUAAGUAAGCGGAUCAAAGACAAGUUUUUGAAACUACACCAGUUUCUGUUUGAGGAGGAGAAAGCCGCCCUGUCCAGUCUGAGAAAGGAAGAGGAGGCCAGGCUCCACACGAUUAAGGAGAAGGCCGUGUCCACCGCUGAGACGAUAGACUCCUUCUCAGAGACCAUCAGGAGCCUUCAGCAGGAGGUGGCGGCUAAUGACUUGACUGUGUUACAAAGAUUUAAAACAACUAUGAAGAGAGUCCAGUGCUCCGAGCCAGAGACGGAGUUGGCCUCAGGGUUGUUGAUGGAUGAAGCCAAACACCUGGGGAACCUGAAGUUCAGGGUCUGGGAGAAGAUGAGGAGUGUUGCUCCACACUUUCCUGUGAUCUUGGACCCAAACACAGCCCACCCCUGUCUCAGUCUCUCAGAUGACCUCACUGCCCUGCAGCACAGGAGUCCCGCGCCGCGUCUCCCUAGCAACCCGGAGCGCUUCCACAUGAGCGCGGAGGCAUUGUGCUCCACGGGCUUCUGCGCCGGGACGCACUCCUGGGUGGUGGACAGCACCGGCAACCAAGACUGGAUCCUGGGCCUGGCCUACCGGUCGGUGCAGCGCAGCGCCGAGAUCUCGGCCCGACCUGAGAACGGCUUUUGGACACUGUGUCUGCGAGACGGCGUGUACCGGGCAAUGACGUCACCGCCGACUGUUCUGACACUGAGCGGGAAGCCCAGGCAGAUUAAAGUUGAGCUCGACUGGGAGGGAGGGGAGCUGUCUUUCACAGACUCAGAGGAGGGCGUCACCCUGUACACGUUCACGCAGACUUUUGAGGAGACUGUCUUGCCAUAUUUCUACACACAAAGUAAACACCCUCUGAGGAUUUUACCAGAACCAGCAAGUGUUACCAGAGGAGUUUAGAAUGUGGAAACCAGGCCGUUUCUCUGACAGUUUUAGAUAAAGUCGUAUUCAUAUUAAUGUAUAUCAUAUAUGUUUGUGUUUGACAAUGGUCUAUGCAUUUCUUGUCAAACAAACAUUGAACAAGGGAAUAAACUCAUUGCAUCAUUGUCAAGUUCAUUUUAAGAAUAAAUUGUAUUGUUAAUAAAUAUUACUUCCUU